AUGCUCGAGCAUGGCUUCCUGAACCUCUGCAAGCCGAAGGGCAUGACGUCGCACGCGUGCGUCGCCAAGUUGCGCCACCUCCUCAAGACCAAGCACAUUGGCCACGCAGGAACGCUCGAUCCGAUGGCCACGGGCGUGCUACCGAUCGCUGUGAACCGCGCGACCAAGUUCAUCCAGUUCUUGCACAAGGCCAAGGCCUACGAUGGCACGAUCCGGUUCGGCGUCACGACCGACUCGGACGACAUUACGGGGUGCAUCGUCGCCGGAGCAUGCCCCGUGCCCGAGCUUACACACGCCCGCGUAGAGGCUGCACUGCGAGGGUUCGUCGGCAACAUCAUUCAGCGCCCGCCGGUGGUCAGCGCGAUUCGCAUCGACGGCGAGCGGCUCUACCACUUGGCCCGCACCGGCAAAGCGACGCUCGACGACGUACCACUGCGGCACGUGACGGUCCACGGCAUCCAGCUCCAUACGUUCACGCCUGGCGACUACCCCGAGGCGACAAUCUCGGUCGAUUGCAGCGAGGGCACGUACAUCCGGUCGAUUGCGCGCGAGUGUGGCGAGGUGCUUCUCGUCCAGAACGGAGACAUCCCCGCCGGCGCCACGCUCGCAUCGCUCCACCGCACGCGCAGCAACGGCCUCACGCACGAGUCGAGCUUGACACUCGAGCAAGUCGAGCGCUGCGUUCAGGACGGAACGCUGGUUUUGACGCCACCGGAAGCCCUCCUCCAGCACCUGCCACGCAUUCACAUGUCGCCCGCCGUCGAGCGUGUCUGGCGCAACGGCCAAGCGCUCCUCAAGUCCUAUGACCACGGCGGUCUAUAG